AUGAGGUGUUUCUAUUACUUCAAGGACAGAAAUAGACCUAGGGAACAAAAAUCAGCUCCAAUUUUCAAGAAUCAAAGCAAAUCCAAUGUAUCAGAAGCCGAAAGGGGGACUAAAUCUUCAUGUUCAGCUACUUCACAGCGCAGCAUUCCGGAAUUAUAUGAAGAAAAAGCUCAGAGUCUGAGAGUUUUCACAUUCUCUGAGCUGAGACAGGCAACUAAUAAUUUUAGUAGAUUGCUUAAGAUUGGUGAAGGCGGGUUCGGAUCAGUAUAUAAAGGAACCAUCAAACCUGUUGAUGGAAAGGGUGAUCCUUUUGUGGUUGCCAUCAAGAAACUCAACAGAGAUGGCAAUCAGGGUCAUAAGCAGUGGGUUGCGGAAGUACAAUUUCUCGGUGUUGUCAAGCAUCCAAAUCUUGUCAAACUUAUUGGAUAUUGUGCCACAGAUGGCGAGAGAGUUCUUAAUUGGGAUCGGAGAUUGCUAAUAGUGCUAGGAGCAGCUCGGGGAUUGGCUUACCUGCACGAGGAAUUGGAAGUCCAGGUUAUAUAUCGAGAUUUCAAGUCAUCCAAUGUUUUGUUGGAUGAGGAUUUCAAGCCUAAGCUUUCUGACUUCGGGCUUGCUCGGGAAGGCCCAACAGCUGGACAUACUCAUGUAUCUACUGCGGUUGUUGGUACAUAUGGAUAUGCUGCCCCUGAUUACAUUGAGACGGGUCAUCUCACUUCUAAGAGUGAUGUAUGGAGUUUUGGCGUUGUAUUGUACGAGAUAUUGACAGGUAGGCGUUCGCUCGAUAGAGAUAGACCAAGAUUGGAACAGAUACUUUUGGAUUGGGUGAAGCAGUACCCUGCUGACAGCAGGAAAUUUGGCAUGAUAAUGGAUCCAAGACUCGAAAGUCAGUAUUCACUCACUGUAGCUCGGAAAAUUGCAAAGUUAGCUAAUAGUUGUUUGGUAAAAAGUGCAAAGGAUCGACCGAAGAUGAGCGAAGUGGUGGAAACUUUAAAGCAAAUAGUUCAGGAAUCCGGUGUGGAAAGCCCAUCUGCGAACCAGUUCGAGUGCGUUGAAGAUGAACCAUUAGAAGAUAAGCCCGAUAAACAUACGAGAAUUUCAGAAUCGGCCAAAAGGCGUAUGGCACACUUGGCUAAAAUAAGUGAAAAUGUAGGGGGUAUUAGUAGAAGAAGGUUUAUGUUCAUGCAGAGAACAAAAGUGACAUAA